AUGUCUAUCGAUGAGGAGGAGGCUGCGAACGCCACCUUGAAAUACACCUGCUUCGGGGAUAUCUCUCCAAUCAUACAUGUCCUUCAUGCCAAACCACGGCUGGACGUCCUAGUUGAACGAGAAGAAUACGUUCAGCUGCGAAACGCCCUGGAAUGCUCUCAGGCUACGUUUGUAACGGUGUUAGGCCACACAGGUACUGGCAAGAGUGUCUUUCUGCUCUACCUGCUUCUCCACCGCCUCGAGCAGCGACUUCCGACGGCGAUUCAAUUCAGAACAACCGAGCUAUACGUUUUUGAAGAUACUCAAGCGUACAUGGUCCGUCCUGAGUCUAUCGAGGAACUACAACUACCCGGGUUCUGGAUUCUUGUCGACUCCAAUGCAGACGUCGUCGCUCCAUCUGACUGUCUCUGUUCAUGUGGCGCAGCGCGCCUCGUUCAUGCUGCAUCUCCGAAUGCGAAGAGGUGGGAGGAAUGGACCAAGGGGGAGUAUAAUAUCGAGAGCAUUGUUUCGCGUUUACCGACCUUGACCGAAAUUGGGAUGAUAAUCAAGGUGCACGGGCUGGAAGUGGCUAGAACAUAUGACAUCGUCAACCAGUGGGGUCCAUCCAUCCGAACGAUCCGGAAACUACUCAGUGGUGGGGCUAGCGCGAUAGCCAUGGCACAUUCGGACGCUAUCCGGGCGGCGCGCCAAAUAUGCGAAAAUUCUUCCGUACUACGUUCCAUGCGCCUCGACAACGACCACCACGCCGAACUUCACAGCAUCGCUUCUUCGAUCUUAUUCAUUUACCCUAUCGGUCCAUGUUUGUGGGCGUACCGCGUGCCUACCUCCUACCUUUCCGACAUCCUUGAUGCUGCGCGCCAGGAGCUCAGUACCGCCAAGGCGAUCGAGCUCUUCGAGUUUUUCAGCUUGCAUCCUCUGACGAGGUCGGCCUCAGGGUGGCGCUUCGAGAAAGAGAUGCACGCGUACUUGUGUAGCGGGUCCGAACCACUCCGACUCGUUCGGGGCGAGCACAAGUCGACCAUGACGCCGUCAACAACGUUACUCAUCGGUACAGCGAACAGGCUCAAUAAUGUCAAGGGAGCCUCAAGCUCGAGCUUUUACUGGUUCCCCUCCGUAACCACUUUCCCCGGCGUCGAUGGUGUCCUUGUUGAUGAUCACAAUGUCUACGUCGUUCAAGCGACCAUGGCCGCCGAUCAGGAACUUCCCGCGAAGGGGUUGAAGAAGAUCUGGGCUGCAUUCGACGCCAAUAUCAAGUACAAACGUACUUGGCACUACGUUGUCGUUACGGACCGCACGAAGGGAGCUACUCAGCAUGCGAGCGAUCUUCUCCGCACGAUGGAGAACUUUACUCUGGGGCCGAAAGGGAAUUGUGUAGUACUCAAGUGUUGGAGUUGCGUGUUGAGUCCAGCGGAGUUGUAG